UUGUGUGCUAACUUUUGUAAGUAUGCGAAAUGUUCUUAGGUGGCAGGCGAAGCUGGACAGAGCAGCGCUGCGGCUUGGCCACGUUGGGAGCUUCUGCUGCGCGUUCCUGUUCUUUCCAGUCGCACGCGGCUCGUCCCUGUUGCCGCUCAUUGGCCUCACGUCGGAAGCCAGCAUCAAGUACCAUGUCUGGCUGGGCAAUCUCGUUAUGCUCUUCUUCACAGCUCAUGGACUCUGCUACAUCGUCUUCUGGGCAUCGACUGAUCAAAUCCACGAGAUGCUGAAAUGGACAAGAACGAAAGUUGCAAACGUCCCCGGGGAGCUCGCGCUGCUCAGCGGGCUGGUGAUGUGGGUGACGGCGCUGCCGCGCGUCCGGCGCCAGAUGUUCGAGCUCUUCUUCUACGCGCACCACCUCUACGCCCUCUUCCUCGUGCUCUUCGCGCUCCACGUCGGCGUCGCCUUCUUCUGCUCCAUCCUGCCUGGCGUGUUCCUCUUCAUGGUCGACCGCUACCUCCGGUUCCUGCAGUCCCGCGUCCGCGUCCGACUCGUCUCCGCCCGCCUCCUAGCGUGCGACGCCGUCGAGCUCAACUUCUGCAAAAGCCCCCAUUUGACGCACAGUCCGAUGAGUACGGUGUUCAUCAACGUCCCAUGCGUUUCGCGGCUCCAAUGGCACCCAUUCACGGUGACGUCGAGCAGCAGCCUUGAGCCUGACAGGUUAAGCGUCGUCGUCAAGAGAGCAGGAAGAUGGACGGAGAAGCUGUACGAGACGAUCUCGUCCCUGCCGCCGUCGCAGCCCGGGCACCUCGACGUCUCGGUCGAGGGGCCUUACAGCCAGGCCACACCAGCAAGCUUCCUUCAGUACGACUCGUUGGUGAUGAUCAGUGGCGGCGGCGGCAUCACGCCGUUCAUCUCCGUCAUACGCGAGCUCGUUCACCGGAGCGGCACGGCGGCAGAAGCCGCGACGCCGAGCCUUCUCCUCAUCGCCGUGUUCAAGACGUCGGCUGACCUGGCCAUGCUGGACCUCAUCGUCCCUGCCUCCGGUGGGUUCUCCGACAUCUCCCGCCUCGAACUGCGCAUCGAGGCCUUCGUGACGCGAGAAAGCGUGCCCUCCGCGGGCGAUGUCGUCGCAAGCCACAAAGUGCCCNAGAGAGUCUUGUUCAAGCCGUCGCCGUACGCGCCCAUCGCCCCGGUGCUCGGCCACAACGGCUGUCUGCUCGCCGCCGUCGUCUCCUCCUCAUUCUUCAUCUUCCUCUUGCUCGUCGGCGCGGUGCAGCGCCUGUACAUAUACCCCGUCGACGGCAACAGCAACCGCGUGUACCCGUGGGCGGCAAGGACGUUGCUAAACCUGCUGCUCCUCUGCGUCGGCAUCGCCGUGGCGGCGAGCGCGGCCGUCCUGUGGAACAAGCGGAGGAGGGCCGAGGAGGCGAAGCAGGUCGAGAACGUGGCGACGCCAGCGUCGUCGCCGGCAACGUGGCUCGACAAGCCGCGUCGUGGGGACGCAGAGGUAGGCCGUCGUCCCGAUCUCAGAAGUACGAUGCACCGUUCAAUCUUGUUCUCCUUUUGGGUCGAAUUGGUUCUGUUACCUUUGAAGAGUGCGUGAAAUGCGAAAUUUGUCUGUGCAACGAUGUUGCUUGUCGAAACAAGAUUUCGGCAAUAAUAAAAGAGGUGGCUAUCAAGCUUGGAAAGUGGA